CCAGUAGAGUAGAUAAAUAAGUAAAAUUGCAUUUAUUUUUGUGUUUUUUUUUGUGAGUUGUUGUCUUUUCAUGUUUCAGGGUAUUCCAACACUGGUGAACAGACAGGACAGAAAUUAUGAGCUCAUAUUUAAAGAUGUUAAGGGCAAAGUUCAACAAGAGUCGUUGCAGCCUCUGACACAGUAUGACCUCGUAAAGGAGCUGCAGUCCUACAGUGACGUGUGUGAGGCCCUGUCCACAGUCGAACUGGCCCUGGGUUUCCUCGCCAUGACUGGGGGAGAGCCACACAUGCAGCUGAGCACUUAUUUGAAGGAGGUGCUACAGAUGACUGACCACAUGGCCCCACAUGUCUUCAAGGCAUUAAGUAGGUGCAGCCUGAAACACAGUGUGGCACUGUGGCAGCUGCUCAGCUCUCUGAAAUCAGAGACAAUGCUACGUCUGAAGAGGGACCCGUUUGUGGGCAUCAGCAAAGAGUACAGACGUCCUUUGCAGGAGAAACACAAAAGGCUGCUAACUAGUUUUUUCACUAAGUCCAGCGCUGAUGCCUUCCUGUUGGAGAUGCAUGAGUUUCUGCUUUUGGUCCUGAAGAACCCAAAAGCCACGGACACCUUUAGGCCUGACUGGGGCCUUAAAGACACUGUUGUGUCCUACAUGGAGCGUAAAGAUCUGGACAUUCCUCCUGAGGUGGACGAGUUCUUCCCUGAAGAGAUCCUGCUCUCACAGUACACAGACACAUGGAAGUUAUCUGUUCUUCUCAGACAAGAAAGAAACCAAAGAUAGAUCCUGUAUGACGUACUUCUGUUGUCUUACCCAGUCACUCUCAUAUCAGAGAAAACUUAGAAAUGAUUUACAGAUGACUUCAGUACAAACUUUUGAAGACAGUGCCUUUUGUGCACCUUAGGCACAAUAUGCAGUACAGCUGCUGCAUAUUUGCUCCCUUAUAUAAAGCACUUUAUACUGUAAUAUUAAGGUACAAUCUGUCAAAGUAAUCUCUCAGAUAAUUAGCAAGUACAAUACAACUUGUUACAAAGUAUAGAAAGUUCAAAACAAUCAUUAAGUGUAACUUUUUUGCUUUAACUAUUUUCUCUGUUUUGUUUGGAAGUUGCCAACAAUUGCUUAACCAUUCCUCCUUUAUUUGUUUACUUGUUACUUUAAGAUACAUACACACUCAUUUAAGAAUGUGAACUGUUGAUUGUUGAAAUAAACACUCCACAUCGUGAGCCCAGACCUGGACUUGCACUUGUCCAUGUUUGUUUUUGUCCAUGUUUUUGAUAGCGUGUUGUUUUUUGGUUAAUGUUUUUUUUUUUUUUAAACAUAGGUGUUCAAUAAAAAAAAACAUAUAUAUAUAUAUGUAUGUAUGUGUGUGUGUGUGUAUCUCCUUUACAGCUUAUCAGGGAUUUCUAACCUCAUUUUCCAUUGCAUUUUUUUUUCUGUGCUUUUACUAUACUAAAAACAAUGUUUCUGUGGUCAUCAUGCCGGAAAAAUGCUGUGAUGUUUACUUUUUCUGUGACUAACAUGGAUUUGAAUAAAAAGUUAUUAAACAUG